UAGAGACGGUCCCUACCCAACAGCGGGCUCACCCCCCUACCUCCCCCGCUGUUCUGUUUCUCUUUUAUUUUCUUACAGAACACCCCAGGGGACACACACACCAAGGUUUUGAAAAAAGGUCUGAAGUUUGAUCUUCAGAGACCGCCUUCUCGCCACCCCGACCUCCUCCUACGGUGCCGCCCCGUCUGCCCGGACGAGAAGUUGGCCCCGGGAGCCGCACAGGAGCCCCUCUCAUCAUCACCACCAUCAUCAAUCGUAUUUAUUGAGCGCCUACUGUGUGCAGAGCACUGCACUAAGCGCUUGGGAAGUCCAAGUUGGCAACGCUCUCCCCUUCUUCUCCCCACCACGACGCCUCGCCAGGAGAGGCGGAACUUGCAGCGCUUCGGCCCGAGGUGCCGUCCCCCGUCGCCGCAGGAUGUCCAAGAUGCUGUACGUGCUCCCUAGGGCCCUACGUUUUCCCAAAGCGGGAACUCAAGAGAUAGGACGAUGGAAACGUUCCCUGAGAAAGCCAGCCUUUGGGGAUCGGUGACAUUCCGGGACGUGGCCGUGUCCUUCACCCGGGAGGAGUGGGAGCACCUCGACUCCGCUCAGCGCAGCUUGUUCCGGGACGUGAUGCUGGAGAAUUACGGGAAUCUCGCCUCCCUGGCAGGAUUUCCAGUUCCCCAACCCGACGUUAUCAUCUACCGGCUGAAGGAAGGGAGUCGGGAUCGGCUGGGAUCUGUUGCGGAAAGAGAUACCUGCGCAGAUUGUACGGCUGGAACUGAAAUGACAAAAUCAGUGCCCCCGAAGCAGGACAGAUCUGAAGAAGGAGAUUUACAGAAGGUGUUACUGGGAUGUCUCCUACAGAGUAUUCCUGUGACUUCCGUGCAUGACAGAGUCCGCGACAACGAAGAUAGAUUAGAAAAACAAAGGAGGAAGCCCACUGCGGGAAAACUGAAGAAAUUCCCUCGCCGGGACAGGGAUUUCAGGAAUGCCGAAGUCCCGAAGAAAGUCCCCGCAGCAGAAUGCAGAAGAGCUCGUACCGAACGGCAGAGAUCCCAUCCCGGAGCAAGAAUCAACAAAUGCAGCGAACGGGGGGGGAGACCGAGUCACCAAACGGCCCUCGUCACGCAUGGUAACGUACCUGUCGGAGAGAAACCGUAUAAAUGUAAGGAAUGUGGAAAGGCCUUCGGCCAAAAUUCAGCCCUUAUUGAACAUCAGAGGGUCCACACGGGCGAAAAACCCUAUGAGUGUGAUGACCGCGGGAAAGCCUUCAGCCACUACUCGACCCUCAUUAAACAUCAGCGAAUCCACACUGGGGAAAAGCCUUACCAGUGUCGGGAAUGUGGGAAAGCUUUCAGUCAGUAUUCGAACUUUUUUAAUCAUCAGGUGGUUCACACCGGAGAGAAGCCCUACCGGUGCGGGAAAUCCUUCAGCCAUCACUCCACCCUUAUUAACCAUCAAAGAAUUCACACGGGAGAGACCCCCUACAAGUGCAGUGGCUGUGAAAAAGCUUUCAGUCGCUAUUCAAGUCUGUUUAGGCAUCAGGGAGUUCACACGGGAGAGAAACCGUACAGAUGUAACGAGUGCGAAAAGGCCUUCAGCCAACAUUCGGCACUUAUUGGGCACCUGAGGAUUCAUACGGGAGAAAGGCCUUACAGGUGCGGCGAAUGUGGGAAGGCUUUCAGUCAUAACUACGCCCUUGUCGGACAUCUGAGGAUUCAUACCGGAGAAAAACCCUACGGGUGCAGCGAGUGUGGAAAAUCCUUCAGCCACCACUCCGCCCUUCUUGGGCAUCGGAGAAUCCGCACUGGAGAGAAACCUUACAAAUGUAACGAAUGCGGGGGAGCUUUCAGUCAGCACUCGGCCCUCGUUAAGCACCGGAGGAUCCACGCUGGAGAAAAGCCCUUCAGAUGUGACGCAUGUGGGAAAGCCUUCAGUCACCACUCCACCCUUAUUAAACAUCACGGAAUUCAUAGCAGAGAAAAGUCGUGCAAAUGUAAGUAAAUGUAACAAAGCUUC